AGCAGGAGGAGGAGGAGAAGGAGGAGGAGGAGGAGAGCAUGACUGGUCCUUUGACGUGGAAUAUUUCCGUAAAGAGACGAUGAAGGAGUAGCAGCGUGUAGCUCGAAGCUAUCCCGUACUAACCUUAAAUCGAGACGGGAUUUAGCCGUGAAUCCCAGUCAGAUCUGGGUUCACGGGAGUUGACAGACAACAGUCUUUCACAGACUGAUCCCUUUCUGUUCCCCCCGCCUCCCUCCGUUCAGCUACAAUCAUGAUAAAAGCCAUUUUAAUAUUCAACAACCAUGGGAAACCAAGGCUUUCUAAAUUCUACGAGCACUAUACUGAAGACACGGAGCAACAGAUCAUCAGAGAAACCUUCCACUUGGUCUCGAAAAGAGAUGAGAACGUCUGUAAUUUCCUGGAAGGUGGAAUGUUGAUCGGAGGAUCAGACUACAAGCUGAUCUACAGACACUACGCCACACUUUACUUUGUGUUUUGUGUGGACUCCUCAGAGAGUGAACUAGGAAUUUUAGACUUAAUCCAGGUAUUUGUGGAAACGCUGGACAAAUGCUUUGAGAACGUCUGUGAGCUUGACUUAAUUUUCCAUGUAGACAAGGUCCACAACAUUCUGGCAGAGAUGGUGAUGGGCGGGAUGGUCCUGGAGACCAACAUGAACGAAAUCAUCACGCAGGUGGAUGCUCAGAACAAGAUGGAGAAGUCUGAGACGUUUAUCUUUCAGUCUACCAGGCAGGACAGGUAGACACAGGCCGGUAUUGCAGGAGCGCCUGCUCGUGCCUGUAUCAGCUGUAAAGAACAUGAACCUCCCGGAAAUGCCCAGAAACAUCAACAUUGGUGACAUCAGCAUAAAAGUGCCAAAUUUACCCUCCUUCAAAUAGUGGCAGCGAGAUCCUGAG